GGGACCUCUCCGCCACUCUGAGUGCUUCGAAUGACGCCUAGUGUGCCGGAAUCUUGACGUCUAGGGUUUCAGUUCCUUUGUAUCUCUGCAACGAUGCGGCAGGUAAAGAACACGUCAGCUGGGGCAUCCAACGGACAAGAGCGGCUUGGCAAAGGUUCAGAGAUCUUUGUAGGGGGUUUGCCCCGUUCGACCACAGAGAACAUGAUCCGGGAGUUGUUUUCUCCUUAUGGAGAGAUUUUCGAGUUACGAAUGAUGAAGGAUCAUAAUGGUAACUCAAAGGGUUUUUGCUUUGUGCGGUUUGCGACGAAGGAGGCUGCUUUCAAAGCUCGGAAAGAGAAAGAUGGUGCUAUGCUCCAAGGAAAGAAAAUUGGUGUUGCCCUUUCAUCUGAUCAAGAUUCCUUGUUUUUUGGAAAUCUUCGCAAAGAUUGGAGCUCAGAAGAGUUCAACAAAUUGGUUCACCAGGCAUUUAAAGAUGUUGUAUCUGUAGACCUUGCAAUGCCUCCAAGCUCUGGAGAUUCAGGCAAAAAGCAACUUAAUCGAGGAUUUGCUUUUGUGCAGUUCUUCUCUCAUGCAGCUGCAGCACGUGCAUACCGCUUAGGGUCCAAACCAGACUUUCUACUUGCUGGGAACUGGCAUCCUGUAAUAGAUUGGGCUGAGAAGGAGCCUGAAAUUGAUCCAGAAGAAAUGGCAAAGAUCAAAGUUGCUUUUGUUGGAAAUCUACCGACAAAUACAGAUGAAGAGUAUUUGAAGAAACUCUUUGAACCACUUGGGAAGGUGGAGAGGGUAGCACUAUCAAGGAAGGGUCACUUUCCAGUUGGAUUUGUUCAUUUUGCCAGCCGUUCAGAACUAGACAAUGCAAUCAAGAAAAUGGAUGGAAAAACAGUGCAAGGGCCCCAUAAAGGUCCAAGCUUUAAGAUCCAGGUGACAGUUGCAAGGCCUGUGGAAAAGGACAGGAAACGAGUUCAUGAUGAGACAAAAAGCGAACCAGUUAACAAGUCUAGAGAUAGACCUGAUUCUUCACGUGACAGACCAACUCAUGAUUCAUCGGAUCAUAAAUCAAAAGCUCCUAGACUAGAUGAUCCGGUGUCUGAUUCUGCUGAUCCAUAUGAAGCAGCUGUUAUUUCAUUACCAUCAGCAGUUAAGGAGCGCCUACUUCGAGUAUUGCGCCUGGGAAUUGCUACUCGAUAUGAUUUAGAUAUCCGUUGCAUAACUAGUCUCAAGGAGCUUCCAGAGUCAGCAGCUAUAGCAGUCCUUGAUCAGUUUAUGUUAUCUGGUGGUGACAAGCGUGAUAAAGGAGUGUACUUUGCAUCCUUGGUUUCUAGGCACCAGGUUGGCAAGUUUGGUUCGGGGUGGAACACAUCCCACCUUCCAAGAAAGUCAAGUGAUUAUGCACCUAAGGAUAAUGAGCUGCAUAACUUACGUGCACCGCUUCAUGUACAAGCAGUUGAUCGUUCUGCUGCAAGGCAUGGCAGCUACACAUCAUCCCCAGGUCUAUAUCCCUACUCUUCUUCACUCUAUGAUGAUCCCCUCUCAUCUCGAUCAAGUGUAGGAAAACUGGGAGAAGUUCCCGCAUACAGAGCUCCAGUUUCUUCAAACUUCAGACAUGGCACCGGAAUUGGAUCCGGGUCAUUCCAUGCAUCUGCUGAACGUCCUACAGAACGCCCACAAAUUAAGUUUGAUCCUUUCACAGGCCAGCCUUACAAGUUUGAUCCUUUCACAGGUGAACCCAUACAGCCAGAUCUUCACCCAAGGCGGUCGGCAAGCCUCAUCUGAUCAGUUUCGCAGGGGUUGCUGGGCAUAGACUCAUGUACAGGUGUUUAGGUGGAGGCUAGAAUUGAUCCCACUCGCAGCAGUGGAAGAGUUAAGGGACUGUUCUCUUGCACUUUGAACUUAGUUUAUCUGUAUGUUUUAUUAGGGUUUUGCAGGGAAGCUUUGAGGCACUUGGUGAUUGAUAUAUUUAAUGAUGAGUAUUUUCUGACAUUUAAAGUAAGUUGUGGAAGAACUUGUGUGUUCUCUACAACAGAUUGGCUCCUUUUUAGGUGGUAAUGAAGCCUUAGACAUCAGUUAGGAAUAUA